AUGGCCGUCGCCGCACCUAAAUUCUCCAUCGCCGCCCCUUCGCGCACCGUUCCUCGCACCCGCCUUCCGCCGACCGCGAAGUCCCUUUCCAAUUUCCCGCCGGUGCCCGACCGCGCCAGAGCUAGGGUUAUGAAAUGCAAGGCUACCGAUGUUUCGCCUUCGCCGUCGCCUUCUUCUUCGGUGGCGUCCGUGGAAAAAGGGAAGAGCUGGUUGCCGGUGGUUCCGAUAACGGCGCUGCCGAAGGGGGAGCGGCGCGUGAUCAUACAAGAUGGGGAGACGGUGCUGCUGUUGUGGUAUAAAGACGACGUUUUUGCUAUAGAGAAUAGGUCUCCGGCAGAGGGUGCCUAUUCUGAGGGCUUGCUCAAUGCUAAGCUCACUCAGGAUGGAUGUAUUGUUUGCCCGACCACUGAUAGCACUUUUGAUUUGCGAACGGGAGACAUUAAAGAGUGGUACCCUAAGAAUCCCGUGCUUAGGGCACUCACGCCACCACUGAGGACUUUGUUCGUAUAUCCUGUGAAAAUUGAUGGCGAGAAUAUAUACAUAAGCAUGGGAAGUAGCUCGCAAUCUGAUGCGUCUACUGAGAUUGUUUUCAGUGGGAAAGCUAAUCCCGGUGUGACGGCCUCUGACGUCAACGUUGAUGAGGUAAGAAUGAUUGUUGAUGAAGAGCUCGAAGGUUUUGGUUUCACCGGAAAAAAUGAAUUGAUAAACGGGAAAGCAGCUGCGAUCGGUUUCUUGCUGCUCUUGGAUUUUGAACUACUGACUGGAAAAGGCCUACUCAAGGGAACCGGUUUUUUGGACUUCAUUUACUCAAUUUCAAAUGCUCUACAAUGA